AUGAACGUGUCUGUAGAAGAGCAUCGAUUUGGGAGAAGUGGUGGUGGUUUCUUUCACGGCCGCGAUGAACCGCCAAAUCCCGAUGGUUCGCUUCGUGCUUCCAGCGGUGCCUUCACCAAUCGACCCUUUUCGUACGAUGUGGGUCCUACUAGCCGAAUCCACCGAGGUGAUGAUCCUACAGAGGAGGACGAUGAUGAGAAGAAGAUCCACAGCAACAGGAACAAUAAGGAGAAUAAAGGUAUUGUCAUUUUGAAAGGUGGCGACAAAUCAUCAGCGUCCACUACCACCCAACCGCGACGACACGAGCCAUUGUCGGACAGUAUAGGUCACCCACCGUCUCGACGAGAUGCUGGUCCCACUGCGAAUCUUCCCCGCACUCGGUCCCUAGACCCAGAUGGCGGUCGCUUGGAUUCUGACACGCCAUCCGUGGCAGCAUCGGACCAAAAUCAAAAGUAUGACAUUCCACAAAAUCAUCCGCAGCAUUCUUUGUCUGUGCAGAGAUCUUCUUCCUCCACCGAUCCACCCGCCACGGGAAGCAGCCAAGACUCCUCCUCCAUCACACUCGAACAACAACACCACCAUCGCCCAGUACCGCGAUUGCCAUUUCUCGAAGAAGAUAGUAGUGUCCAUGAUGCUUCUUCGUAUUGCUGGGAACCCACCACACGAGAGAGCUAUCUGGGGACUGUGAAUGUCCCCCAUCCGCCCGCAUUGGCAUCUCUGGCCGAAUCCGAGCUCACGGGAAGUCAUAAUCACUUGAACGACAACAGCAACAGCCACAGUGUUCCCGACGAAAAUAAAGAGCUGGUCCAACAACUGCAAAAAGUCUUGAUGGAGUCUCUUCCAAGAACACAGCAGCCACAACAGCAACAACCACAAAAACAACCACAAAUCAUUCCAGCAAUGACAAACACCGAAACGCGCCCUCCUCAAUCACCUCCACCCUCUCCUCCAUCUCAACCACCCAACAAUGUCAUGCUGGAAUUUUAUUGUCAAACCGGAACUACGGCGUUGCCAUGCUGGUUUUUUCAAACCUCCAUCGAACCACUCACGCGCGAAUUCCCCAUGGAAUUGGCAUCGUAUGGGCUGUCGACGCGCAAAUGGCGACAACUCGUUCGAGCCGUGACACGGGUUGCCACGCGUCAUUAUCGGAUUGGAACGGCAUUUCUGUGGACUUCUUACAUGGUAUUGGUGGGAGUCACAGUGUUUUUGGCGUGCUGUCUCGGCACCAAUUUCAUGCCGGCCAUGACGAUUGGCGUCGGGGUUGUACUCGUCUUGUUUGGGGCCGCCUUUUUCGUUUGGGGAUGGGCCACACGAGGCGUCCUAUUGCAGCAAGAAGUUGUCGAUUUGUGUCAGUCCGUUGUGCCACAACUCGGAAGUGGCAUUGCCGACAUUCGAUAUCACGGACGCGAGCAACUGGAAGAAUUAGCAGCAGCCGCCAACAACAAACGACAGAAACAGCAACAACCACUCGUACUACUAAAACAAGAACAACCCGAACUGGAGAGUAUCGCACAGACCACUUCGACACUGUUGUUACCCAAGGGAUUGUGGUUUGCCUUGGAAAUCAUUGUGGCGGAUACGCCCCCACAAAAUAAGAAUGAUGUGCGAGCCAAAGAACAAUGGGAUGACUUUGAGAUUCUGGUUGAAGAAGUGGCCCGUAUGACGGCCAACGACAAUCACAGCAACAAAAAUGACAGCAAUCGUCAUGAUCAGAAUGACAGUUACAGUGUGGAAAUGGCAGUCUAG